AACUCAUCAAGGUCUUCAUGUUGUCACGUCAACGAGCGGUUGCGUAGUUGCGCGCGCACACGCACACACCUAAGCAGAGAGAAAACAGCGGCGCCUCCAGUCCCCCGCCUCCUCCUGAUCUCUCUUCUUUGGAGUUGCUCCCUCAGGGAGAGGACGGAGGGGGAAGGGGAUUGAGGGGGUGGGGGCAUCUUCCUCUCUUGUUGUUGAAGGGAUGGUGGUGGCAAGGAGAAGAGAUCUGCAUUCUGAUGUGGGGUUUUGAAGGGACUGCCGUUUCAUCAGAGCCUUAACACCGACAGAUAGAGAGAGAGGGAGAGAGAGAGAGAGGCGGUAGGAGUAGAGGGGAGAGAGGCAGGUAGAUGCUACGUCGCAGCUCUUUCGUGUUGUGGAUCCGACAAUUGUUUUCCUGUAUGGGAGGUUGUCUUGGAUGCUGUUCAACACCCACUCCAAUUACUGCUGUUGAUGAGCCAUCUAAGGGGCUAAAAAUACAGGGUCGCAGAGUAAAGAAGGCUGGUCUAUCUGAAGAUUUUUGGAGCACAAGUACUUAUGAGAUGGAGAAUAGUGGUGUUCAAUCACAGAGAAGCAUCUCGUCUAUAAGCAUAUCAAACCAAAUACUUGAUUCCCAUUGUGGGCCAAGCAAUUCCAAUGCAACAGAAUUUGUGAAUCAUGGUCUUCUACGGUGGACACAAAUUCGUCAGGAGUGGCUUAAAAACAGCAAGGCAGAAAAGCAGCCACCACAACUGCGAGAACCAAGGCUAAGUUGGAACGCAACAUAUGACAGUUUAUUGGGGACAAACAAGCCCUUUCCCCAGCCAGUCACUCUUGCAGAAAUGGUAGAUUUUCUUGUAGACGUCUGGGAGGUGGAGGGUUUGUAUGACUAGUGCAUGAGUUCAUAAGUUGGCGAUAGCUACCCGUUAUUGUCUCUGUCAGCUUGGGGCUUGAUAGUUUCCCUACAGGUCUUCUCUAUAUAUCAAGCCAGAGAUUGUUUUCGGUGGUAACUUCCCAUUAAUAUUCUGCAGCCUUGAAAUUUGACGUCUAGUCUUAUCAUGUGAUAGGCAUCUGGGUUGGUUCCAUCGUUCAAAUUAUCACGUUUUCUGCGAUUUACGUGUAUUAGUUGUCUUUUAGUCUUGCAUUCUAUUGCAGAAGCAAGGACCAGGACUGGCAACAAUUUGAGCACUACUGAAUUCUACGGCAUCAUGUGCCUUCCAACA